CCCUGCCCCCCUGCCCCAGAACCCCCUCGGUCCCCCUUCUCUUGCCCACAGCAAGAGGCCUGCGGCCCCUGCCCCUCCACACUGCCGGGUCGGGGCCGAGGGGCCUCCCCGGUCCCCAUCUCCAGCUCCGAGUCGUUGGCAACACAACCCUCUGGGGAAGCCGGGAGUCCCAGAGCCGGGGGGCCCUUGGGGAUUUGGGGGAGGGGAAGAGGAGGCAGGGCGCAGGGCACUUCAGUUUCACAGCCUCCCGCUCCUCCUCUGGGCCGGCCAGAGACGAAGAUGCCCCUCCAAACUGCCCGCUCCUCCCUCGGCUCCUACCUCGGCCCGUCGGGAAGUUCCUGAUGUGUAACCCCAAUCCCUUCUGCUGCAUUCCAGCCAAUCUCCCGGGAACGAGGCCCACGUGAAGAGCAUGCUACGCCGGUGUCCUUGACGCCGCCCUGGACUGCCCUUUGGCCUGUGCUCUAGGCCCCACCGCGGCCUGUGCCUGCCUCGUGCCCCCAGCAUGGCCCAGGGAGCUCUGCGCUUCCGCUCGGAGGGCGACUGUGCCAUCUCCCCCCCGCGCUGCCCCCGGCGCUGGCUGGCCGGCGGCCCGGUGCCCCCGAGCCCGCCCCAUGGCAUGGCGCUGGGCCCGGCCCAGCUGGGCACGUAUGGCAGCACGGGCUCCCUGGUGCGCCGGCUUGGGGAGCCGGGGCCCUUCGGCCGGGACGGGGGCCGGGUGACGGCCCCCUGCACCCCGCUGCGGGGCCGGCCUGCUCCCCGGGGGCACCCCUCACCCACCGUCACCCCCUCGCCCCCCGCCGCAGGGCCCCGCUCCGUGGUGACCUUUCGCUUCGUGGAGAAGGCCAGCGUCAGGACGGUCAAUGGGCCGCCCGAGGGCGGGGGGCAGUGGGGCGGGGGUCUGAGCCGCAGCCUGGACCUUGGUGGCCCCCCGGCUUCCCCGGCCCACUGCCGCCCAGGCCCCGCUGCUGGCCACUCCACUCCCACCGGAGCCUUGGGGCGCAAGCUGAGACUGGAGGCCUGCGCCUCUGACCCGUUCCCAGCCGGGGGCAACUCCCUGCCAGCCCCCGCCCGCGCCCCAGGCCCCCCACCCCCCCCGCCCAAUGGAGAAAGCCUCUUCUCGUCUCUCCCCAAUGGGCUGGCCGGCCCCACCGAUGACCUGGUGGCUUUGCUGAGACAUCCUGGGGCCGUGAAGCCCCCGUACCAGGGAGACUCCUCCUGGUUCUCUCCCCGGGAGGCCUCUGCCCAUGCCCAACGCAUUGCCCGGGCCAAGUGGGAAUUCUUCUUUGGCUCGCUGGACCCCCCAAGCUCAGGGUCCCGGCCCGCCAGCUCCCCUUCCCCGCCCCCAGGACGAAAGCAGCCGGCGGAGGUGGGAGGCUGGGGAGGGGGCGGGCCACCGGGCCGGGGGCAACCGGUGGCCAAGUACUCGGAGACCGACCUGGAUACGGUGCCCCUGCGCUGCUACCGGGAGACCGACAUCGACGAGGUCCUGGCGGAGCGGGAGGAGGCCGACUCUGCCAUCGACAGCCAGCGGGACAGCGAGAGCCAGCCCAGCUCCGGGGGCCGGGCCGGGGGCUCCCCACCAAGGCCAAGGCCCCCCCCCUGCCCACGCCCCGCCCACGCUUCCACACCCCGCCCCUCCAGCCUGGGCAGUGCCAGUGAGGAUGACCAAGAGGGCGAGGACGAGGGGGAAGAUGAGGUGUUUGAGGCCUCUGAGGUGGCGGAAAGGGCCAGGCCAAUGGUCCCCCUCUGUGGCCCUCUCAAGUCUCCUGGGCCCUUCCUGCCAGGCAGCAGCCCCUCCCCGGAGGGCACCGAUUCCUUCAGUCACCACUUUGAGAGUAUUAUGGAGUCGCACCGAGCCAAGGGCACCUCCUAUACCAGCCUGGACUCCCUGGAGGGUUUGGGCUCCCCCGUCCCCACAAAGAGUCCCUAUUUCACCUUUGAACUGCCCACACCCGAUCCCACCCCCUGGCCUGCCCCUAUCCUCACCCCCACCCCCAGGCCUCCUUCCCCUGCUGCUCCCCUUGCCCCUCUGGAGCUGGAAUCGGGGGCCAGCUCUGCGGCUGACGGCCCCUGGACCGAACGGGAGGAAGAGGAGAAGGUGGCAGAGGAGGAAGAGGAAGAGGAGGAUGAGGGAGGGGAAAAUGUGGGGCCCUCCUUGGGGGAGCCAGCGAGCCCCUGCCAUUCCGAGGACAGCUUUGGGCUGCCAGCACCCCCUGGGAGCAGCACCCACGCCCCGGGACAGCUGGUGUCCGACUCGGAUUCGGAGCUGGACAGCACGGAACAGCUAGCCCUGGGCAGCACGGACACGCUGUCCAAUGGGCACAAGGCCGACUUGGAGGCUGCCAAGCGGCUGGCCAAGCGCCUCUACAACCUGGAUGGCUUCAAGAAGGCAGAUGUGGCCAGGCACCUAGGGAAGAACAACGACUUCAGCAAGCUGGUAGCCGGAGAGUACCUCAAGUUUUUUGUCUUCACGGGCAUGAGCCUGGACCAGGCUCUCAGGACCUUCCUGAAGGAGCUGGCAUUGAUGGGGGAGACCCAGGAACGGGAGCGAGUGCUGGCUCAUUUCUCCCAACGCUUCUUUCAAUGCAACCCCAGCAGCACCCUGUCUUCAGAAGAUGGAGCCCACACAUUGACCUGUGCCCUCAUGCUGCUCAACACCGACUUGCAUGGCCACAACAUCGGGAAGCGCAUGACUUGUGCUGACUUCAUUGGGAACCUAGAGGGACUCAACGGGGGCAGUGAUUUCCCACGGGAACUGCUCAAGGCUCUAUACAGUUCCAUCAAGAAUGAGAAGCUGCAGUGGGCCAUUGACGAGGAAGAGCUGCGGCGCUCGCUGUCUGAGCUGGCCGACCCCAACCCCAAAGGCGUCAAGCGGCUGAGCGGCUGCUCCAACCCCUUCCUGGACUUCUCUCCCGAGCCCGGCUCCUGCACUUACAAGCACGGCCCGCUCGUGCGCAAGGUGCAUGCCGACCCCGACUGCAAGAAGACACCGAGGGGCAAGAGGGGUUGGAAGGCUUUCCAUGCUGUCCUGAAGGGGAUGAUCCUCUACUUGCAGAAGGAAGCCUAUGAGCCAGGGAAGGGGCUGGCGGAGGAGGAGCUGAAGAACGCCGUCAGCCUCCACCACGCCUUGGCCACGCGGGCCAGCGACUACAGCAAGAGGCCCAACGUCUUCUACCUGCGUACGGCCGACUGGCGCAUCUUCCUCUUCCAGGCGCCGAGCCUGGAACAGAUGCAAUCCUGGAUCACCCGCAUCAACGUGGUGGCUGCCAUGUUCUCCGCACCCCCUUUCCCCGCGGCCGUCAGCUCCCAGAAGAAGUUCAGCCGCCCACUCCUGCCCAGCUCUACCACCCGCCUCUCCCAGGAGGAGCAGGCGCGCACCCACGAAUCCAAGCUGAGGGCCGUGGCUUCAGAGCUGCAGGAGCACCGGGCGGCCCUGCCCGACAAGAAGGGCAAGGGCAAAGACAGCGAGGAGCAGCGGCAGAAAGAAGCCUACCUGGAGUUCGAGAAGUCCCGCUACGGCACCUAUGCGGCCUUGCUACGAGCCAAGCUCAAGGCGGGCACGGAGGAGCUAGAAGCGGUGGAGGCCGCCCUGUGCCAGGCAGCAGGCAGGGGAGGCGAAGAGGGGCUCCAGCCCGGGGCCGCGGCCCCGCCCAAGCCUCAGCGCCACGGCUCGGAGCGCCACGGCUCGGAGCACCGGAGCGGGGAGCACCACAGCGGGGAGCACCGGGGCAGUGGCGGCAGCGGGCGCCAGAAGCCCUGAGUAGGUUGAGGCCGGGCCGGGUCACUCACUGAAUGCCCCCUGGUCAGGCGGCCGGCGGUCCCCGGGGGUCGUGCAGUCGGCCAAGCCUGCCAGCGACAGGAGGCGGCGGGCGCAGAAGCCAGUGUGGAGGGGCGCCAUCCGCAAGCCAUGGGCCUGACCGCGCCGGACGCGGGGGCCCCGAGGCCGGAGUUGGGGGGGAGAGGGGGUGUCAGGGCUCCACGGCCGGGGGAUGGGGAGCCAAACUCCCACCCGGGCCUGGGUAUCUUCCCCCCAGAAACCAUUUUGUGAUACUGUUUUGCACUUUUUCGUACGGGAUGGGUGCUGGGGGUGGGGAGGGGACUUUUUGACGCUUUGCGGGGAGCGGGCCGUGGGGCGGGAAGGGCGACGCACGGUCGGGGCCCACGCUUUCCACCCUGCUGCCCUCGGCUCCUCCAGACACCAGCAGUGGCGGCCCGGCUGCCCUCCGCCGGCGGGACCCUCCGCCUUCUCCCCGCCGCCUUCCCCUCCUCCUGAGCCUGGGGCUGCUGGCACUGCCGCCGAGGGGCUCAGAAGCCUGGCAGAGGGGUCGGGGCUUUGUCCCCGGAGGGGAAGGGUUAGCAGAGGGGCCCUUGGCACCACGAUCUGAAUUUCCUUCUCUCUCUCCCCCAAGGGCUCGCUCCUUUCCCAGAGCAGGGGCAGGACCUGAAUCCGGGGGAGAGGGCCGCAAGGGGAAAGGGCUCUGCCCCCCUCCCGGGCUCCACUCUUCUCCCUCCCCGUCCCCAUUGUCAUCCCCUGCUCUACCCCUCCCCCCUGCCACCCCACAGUGGAUAACAGCAGUGCCAUGGGCAGGUGGGCGAGGGGGCUCUCCCCAGCAGGCAGGGCCAGCAGCGGUCAAGAUAACCCCUUUAGAAUCUGCUUGGCACUGCCCCUGAAGAGGCGGGCAGGCAGAGCCCUGCUCCUCUUCCCCGCCAGCUGCAGCGGGUAGGCCCUGGUUCUGGGUGCUGCGUCUCCACCCUGCCCUUUGUACACAGCCUCCGCCUCCUCCUCCUCUGCCGCCGCCGCCGCCGCCGCCAUUAAACCCUGCUCUGGAGCCCCCGCUUCUGUCCUGGUUCUUU